AUGGUUAAAAAAGAAGCGGAGUACCUCAGGGAACCGUGUAGCGGCAGCGGUGUAGGCCUGGUGAUGUCAUGGGACCAGCACAACCAGCAACUGGUGGCGGGCGGCGAUUGUCGGCUGAUUCGCAUCUGGGACGCGAGCAAAGAACUGAAGGCUGCCGAUCUGCCAACGGGCGCCGACUCCUGUGUCACUUGUCUCUCCAUUGACAACAAUUCUAGUGAGUACCUUCGCAACGCAGCCCUGCGCAAAGAGGCAAAAGAGGAACAGCGCAGAAGUGGCGGACGGCCCGACACUCAGCUGAUCUCAGUGAGGACGGCUCAACCCCCCACCACACUUCUCUUCCACCCCUACGAGCCACAUCUGCUAUAUGCCAGCAAGGAUGCCAUCAGUGCAUGGGACUACCAAAACAAUAGCCGCAUAUGCAGUUGGCGCGUGGGAAGCGGCGGUUCGGCGGUCAGCGGUCGACCGCGUGUGACCGCGCUGGACUUUGUGAAUGCCCACGACACCCAGCUGGUGGCGGCAGGCUGCGACGAUGGCGCCGUCCGGCUGUGGAUGGGUGUCCAUGCUGGCGCAGGCUCCACCCUCCAUCUGGUCACUGCCUGGAUGGCGCUGCCCCAAGGAGACAGUUCCACUACUGCAAAUGCCAAGCAUCAGCUUAUGAUUGGCAGUCAAGGUAGCGGCAGCGGUGUAGGCCUGGUGAUGUCAUGGGACCAGCACAACCAGCAACUGGUGGCGGGCGGCGAUUGUCGGCUGAUUCGCAUCUGGGACGCGAGCAAAGAACUGAAGGCUGCCGAUCUGCCAACGGGCGCCGACUCCUGUGUCACUUGUCUCUCCAUUGACAACAAUUCUAAUGACAGCCGCCAGUUACUAGCAGCCGGUUACGGUGACGGUUCAGUGCGGCUGUUUGACAGACGGCUGCCCCCCAACGAGGCGUGUGUCAAGACCUACAGGGAGCACACAUCCUGGGUGGUCAACGUCGACCUCAGAACUGAGAAUGGCACUCCCAAGUUGCUCAGUGGAUGUGUGGCAGGUGAUGUGAGAUCGUUUGACACACGGCGCAAUUCGUCAGAUUUGGCUCACAAGACGGUGCAUGGUAUGACUGCUAUGGCCACACACCGAUCGGCUGAUAUUUUUGCAUGCGUAUCAGCCAACCAACUGAUCAACGUGGUGGACCGUAACGCGACAUCAACAGCCGACCGGGUCACCUUAAUCAAAUACCACGAGUGGUUCAUGACGGCGCGAUUCGGCCCCGUCAGCUGUUUGGCCUUCCAUCCGCUGCGAGCGCUGCUAGCCGCCGGCUCUGUCGACAGUACGCUGGUCGUUUAUGCGCCGGCCGCCGAUCCGCGUCUGCGGUGACAGCCGAAUCGCGCCCUUCUACUGCACUAGCUGCGGUUUUUGGUGUAGGCGAUGUGUCUGCGGAGAGUCUGCGAAGGGUCUGUGGAGAGUCUGUGAAGAAUCUGUAAAGGGUUGCAAGUAUUGAAGAGUCUGCAAAGAGUCUGUGUAAUGUCUGCGAAGGUUAUGAAGAAUAUAGAUGAUUUGCAGUUUAUGGUUUUGUGAAUAUCUGAGAAGAGUUAGUGACGGGUCUGCUGUAAUCUAUUCAAUGUGAACAGUCUGUCAGUGAUACAUGUAAGCGAUACAAACCAAUAAAGACGGAUCCCUACAAGCGAUAUAAACCAGUAAAGACGGAUCCCCAUAUCAUUUAUCAGUGUCAGUGAACAUAUCACCUACAGUGAAAAUAUAAUUCCCAUAAGUUAUAAUGGGACCAUUCACACUCAGCCCGACCGAGCGUGUAUGAAUAGUGCCAUUAUAACACAUGAUAAUUAUAUUCUCACUGUACCUGACACGUUUAUUGAUACUGAUAUGUGGCAAUCUAGCUGAAAUAGAGAGAGUCUACAAUAAAUAGUCCCCUGCACACAGGGACAAUACUGGAUUCCACUAGUUCUGGCCAGUAUAGUGACGGCUACUAAAAUAUUGUCCCUGUAAGAAGAGGUUUGGAAAAUGCAGUGAAUGAUUUUUAUCACACAAGAAGCUCAAUGAUUUUUUGAUUUCAUGAGGACUGAUUUUCACAUGAGAGCCCAAGUCACAUAAAUCCUAUUGAUUUGUGAUUUUUGGCAGCCAAUACUGGUGGUCAUUGUUGUUCCUGUGUGCUGAGGGCCUAUGGGUAUUUACCUCGCAAGUGUCUGUGUAUUGUCCACAGAGAGUCUGUGAAAAGUAUGUGAAGUAUUCGCGGACGGUCUAAGGAUGCUCAACUUGUAAAGCACUGCAUAAUCUCCAGCUCAACAAUCAAGUGUACUGAAGUAUAGUCUGCAAAUAGUAUGUGGAUAGUCUUUGAAACAUCGUCUGAAUUUGAACUGUUGAAAUAUUUUCAAAGUCUUCUGUCGAUAGUAUGUGCGUGUAGAGCUUAUUUUAUAGUAUGAAUAUGAUGCAAGUGGAUGAUUUAUGGAAAGGAAGUGAAAUAAAUAAUGAAUGAAGUGAAAAAGAGCAAAUGGUUUUCUAGUAAAGUAUAGUAAUUUUUGAAGAGUCACUAAAAUUUCUAAGAUAAUAAUACUGUAUAUUGUAUAAUAAUAUUUCACCAGAAUUCUAAAUUUUCUCUUAAGAUAAUUGAAUAAAAGGAUAUAUUUUCAACGAUCUCCCCCCCCCCCCACCAAACUAUAUAACAGAAGCAUAUAACUUAUAAGUUACCAUUACUUUAUUUUAUAUAUUUUUAAAGAUUUUGAUUAAUAUCUCAGAUUCAUAUAUCUUCAAUAGUCUCUAGAUUUCUGUACUACCUCUAUCAACGCUUGUUUAAUUAUUAAUCAAUGCACAUAAUGCAGUUGUAUCAAUUCAAUAUAACUUGAAAUUAUUAAUUUCAAUAUAAAUAUGUAUUUGAAAUUUAUCAAAUUUGAAUAUUCAUCAAAGAUUUUUAAUUGAUUCUUGUUGGCAUUCUAAAUAAAAUAUCUUCUUUUUGUUCCCAUUACUAUAUUUUUCAAAUCUUUUUCUUUAUUCGGAUAUUAUCAAUGCAAUUUUUCAAUAGUUUGUAUGAUUACCUUAGCUACUUUACUUUUCAUGUUUGUUUUUCAUUGAACAACUCAACCCAAUAGUCAGACAAUUGUGAUAAACUGUUCUCUAUUUUUGUAAAAUGAUAUUUUAAUAUUUAUAAUAUUAUUAUAAGUUGCAAAUUGUAGAGAUUCAUAUAUUAUACGAUUGUUACCAUUAUCCACCUAUAGAAGUUUAACAACCGAGGUUUGGUUGACCAUUGUAAGAAAUUUGUAACUUUUUCACAUGAUAGUUUAACCUCCUGAUUUUUUAAAACAAUGUUAUAAUAAAAUGGUAUCAUUUUAUUAUUGCAGGUUAAGGUUUUUAGUGAAUUUGUCAUAAAUUUUUAGUAAAUCCAUAUUGCUGCUUAUUUCUAAGACGGUUUUAGACUUAAAUCUCAAGCAUCAAAGCGUCCAAUGGAUUGAGUAAUUGAUGGAAAAAAUUUUCACUGAUUUUUUUUCAUGGAAAUUUCCCUUGAGGAAUGAGUUGGAAAAAUGAUUCUUCCUCAUAAAUACGUUCAGUUUUUCCGUUAAGAAAAGCUUUCGGAUUUAUCGUAUUUUAUAGAUUAAUAAUUUUUUUCGAAUUUGACGAAAUUCUUCUAGAUAUCUGCCUAAAAUCGUGUAGCCUUAUAUUUUUUAGGACGAAUUAUUUGGAUUAAUAAUAUUACAAAUAGUUAUUAGUUAAUGUUAAUCAUUUCAUUAGUAUAGUUAAGGUUCGUAGAAUGAAAAUACUGUGGAAUAAAAGAUUGAAAUUAAAGUUCCCCAUAGAAAAUUAGUCAAAUUGAGUAAGUUUCCAAAAAGUUGAGAAUGCACUAGGUAGGAGAAUUAUGGACAAUGUUUUGAAAAUUAGACUAUUUUAUACAUUAGAGAGAUUAAAUGAAUUAGUAAUAAAUGUGAGUAAUUGAGAAAUUUUUCAUGAAAGCAUUUCUUAGAUUACGAUUUUUGUAUUUCUUGAAAAAUUUCUCCUGCUCUUUAGAAAGAUAAAUUUAUUCUUCCCUGUGAUGGAAUGUAGGACAAUAUAGUUGAAUAAGAUUUUUGUAGUAAAUUUUACUUUCAUAUACGUUUUUACAUAUUUUAGUUGGUUCUCUGAAACUUACAGGAGAUUGCAAAUUGAUUCGAAUAUUCUUCUCCUAGACUAGCAGAAAGGUGUAAAUUUAAUUCGAUUGAAAAUAUUUAUGAUUGUACUGUUUCAUAACUAUAUGUAAAUUUUUAUUUUUGGAUAAUCUUUAUAGAUCUCUCACUGGAAUAAUUAUUGGAAGACACUUAAUAUAAUUUAUGUUUGGUAAAUCUUUGUUAUUUUUCGUUAUGUUUGUUUAUGUUGUUGCAUGUUUUGAUGGGCAUCUAAUUUUAUUUUUAUUAUUCAAAAUUAUUUAGUUUUCUAUUGAACUUUUCACUGCCUAGAUAUAUUAGAUAAUUUAAGUGUUCCUCAACUAAACUAUUAAAGUUUUGUGAUUUAUAUUGAGUUGCCAAGUAGAACUUCUGCUUAACACUUAUUACUGUAAAUAUAUAUUUUUGAAAUGCGUUUCUCAGUAGAAGAAAGUUUUUGUUGAAUUUAUAUUAGAUAAUACUGUUUCUUACAAUGUAACUGUUCAUGAUUUAUCAAUGUAAAUAUACAGAUAUUUAGUGUUGAAUGUUAUAUCAUGGAUGAUGAAUGAAUAAUUAAUAAUAAUUGAAUAUGAGUUAGUGCUGGUACAAGUAGAUGAAUUGAGAAGCUCAAACUAUCAUGAAUAUAUUUUUUUUAGAUUCUUGGAGAUCGUUCAUCAUUUACUAUGUCUCGAACAAAAUUAUACUUUUGAAUUGAAUAGUUGACAUUAUUGACAGUCAUGAAUCAUUCGAGUAAAUAGUCUUGAAACUUGUAUGAAUUUGUAUAACAUUUCUCUAGAAGAAUAAACAACUCAUAAAUAUUAAAUUUUCUCUCAUGUCGGCUUGGCUAUUGCCGAAUUUUCCAGAGACAGUGAGAAUUUAAUUUCUAUGAGUUCUAAUUGGUCUGUUCACACUCAGCACUGUCUAGCGAGUAUGAAUAAUCCCAUUUGAAAUUAUAGAAAUAAUAUUCUCACUGUUUUAGUACCGGUCACUUUUUCACUGUUGCUGGAGUGUGGGAAUCAUUCGAUUCAACUUGAGAUGUUUAUUCUUUUAAAGUAGGCACAUAGUUGUUAUUUCUAUAAUUUUAUUCUCUAAUCUUAGCUUAUUUUGGUUGUAAUUUCAUGUUUUCUUGUAUUAUCGAUAAAUUUAGGUAAUUUAUCCGCUCUAAGUUAUUUGUUUGCUUAGUUCUAAAUGUAUUUCAGGUAACUUUAGUUUACUGUAGCUUGAACUCUUCAAGUUAGUUUUUUAGUUGAAUUAAAUAAUAGAGGUUUAGUUAAGCAUUGCUGAUUGUUUCGGGUUGGCGUCUUUCGUUCCAAUGAUAUUUUUGUGUUUCCAAAGUUAGCCUAAUCAUGUAAAUAUUACGAACUACUAUUGUUAAAAUGACUGCAAUCUUAUUUGAUUCUAUAAAACUGUCUAAUACAAGCCUUAUCCACUUUUAAAUAAUUGUGUAAAUUUUGGCUUUCGACUCAUGGAAAUAGUGGGACUAGAGUUUGAAUUAAUUUUAGAUUGCUACUAAUAUCAGACUUCCAAUAAUUUUAUUAACUUGAAUUGUAUCCAAUUAAGAAAAUAUAAUUAUUUAGAAAUACACUCAAUGCAUGAUUUAUUUUAAAGGAAACUUAGUUUUAUUUAUAUGGGUUAAUAAUAAUUGUAGUUGUGAAGUAAUCUAUUAAUUGAUCGGAACAAAUAAUGUAAAGUCAUAUUUAGUCUAGUUAUUUUGGUAUUUAGUGUAUAUUUCAAUAUCCUUUGGAAAUGUAUUGUUUCAUGUGUCUGAAUUAUGUUUAUUCUGAAGAAUUUUAUUUUACUUUUUUUUGCUCAAUACUGUUAAUUAUUUAGUUUUCUUCCAAUAAAGCAGGUUCUAGUUUAUAGAUUCAUAGUCAUAAAUCAUUUCUAGCUUAUGGAAUACUCUUUAAAAUUUAUUUUGAUUCAUAAAUUGAUAAAAAGAUAUUUUAUUCAUAAAUUUUUAUAGUUCGUGCAUAUUUCCCAGCUUUUUAUUUGCAAGAAAAAUCAAGAUGUAGAUUUUAAUAACCAAGUUAUGGGUAUUAAUCACUUUCAAAUUUUAGGUUAAACAUCUUGAGGUUCUAUUUAUAGUUGUGAUUUUGAAAGUUUUUAUUUUUUUACAGAUUCUAUUUAUACUUUUCUGAAACAAUAUUUAUAAUUCAUAUAUCCAAGUUUUUGAUAUUAGGUAUAAUCAUAAUAAUUGAAAGAGCUUACAUUUUGAAAGUUUAUUUGACAUAUUGUGUAUUUUUAUCCAUGAUUUUAAAUUAGUUAUUCUAUUAUAAAAAUUCUGAUUUCCCAGCUAUGAGAAAUCAAUCAAUACAACAUCACAUUAUCUAAACAUCACAAAAGAGAUUAUUUUAUUUGAAUAUUUCAACACAGAGUAUGUUUUUAAUUUUAGUAAAAUUUGUUAUCCAUUAGACUUAUUGAAAUGUAAAAUAAAUCAUGAUGUAUAAUUCGAAGUCUUAACUUUAAGGACGGUAUAAUAAACUGUUAGUUUUAUUAGAUAA